AAAGAGUUGUCGACAAUGAGAUGAUGAACUAGGUGAACAUAUUCAUUCAUUCUAUUUACCAUUGUGACUCACAAAGAGUUGACUAUUGUUUGGUGAUAUAAAAAGGAGAGUGUAAAUGGAUUGUCUGUUGUUUGAAGAAAAGAGAGAGAGAGAGAGAGAUAUUAACUUUGUGGGAGGAAGAAUGGUGUUGGUUGCUUGUUUUACAGGAACAGCAUUUCGACACUUACCUUGGUUGGUUCCUCAUAACCGAAAAGAUAUUUUUGAUAGCAAGAAGAAACGAACUGUUUCCAUCUGCAGUGCUCGUCUGCAAGACAAUUUUACAGAAAGACUUGGCUUUAUAGGUUGUGGUCACAUGGCAGGUGCUAUCAUAAGAGGCUUUAUUGCGGCUGGAAUACCUGGUGAUCUUAUCCACGCCACUACUAGAACACAGUUGAGUGCAGACAACGCUAAGCAACUGGGUGUUGGUCAUAUUUCAAGUGAUAAUCGACACUUGGUGGAAAGUUGUGACAUGAUCUUCCUGGCAGUAAAACCUCAGAGCCUUGAUCCUGUUUUAAGACAACUUAGAGAGAGUGUAAACAGUGAAGUGUUAUAUCAGAAGUUGUUUGUUAGUAUCGCAGCUGGAAAGACUUGUGAACAAAUCGCUUCUCAACUCGGAGAAAGUAAUAGAGUCCGCGUGCUGAGAGUGAUGCCCAACCUUCCUGUUGCAGUUGGACACGUUGCCGGUGCGUAUUGUGCAGAUAGACAUGUUGAUCCAAAGGAUAUAGAUAGAGUAGUGAAAUUGUUUUCGUUGGUUGGCCAACUGGAACAAGUAGACGAAAACUGUAUGGAGGCUGUCACUGCUUUAUGUGGAAGUGGUCCAGCUUUCGUCUAUAUGUUUUUGGAAGCACUUGCAGAUGGUGCUGUGCGGCAAGGAUUAAACCGUAAGGUUGCCAAUCGUCUCGCGUUGGAAAUGGUUUAUGGAGCAUCCAAACUUGCCAAAAAGGAUGAUUUGCACUUUGCACAACUGCGCAAUCAAGUUGAAUCUCCUGCUGGAACAACAGUUUAUGGCACAGCAGCACUUGAAAGUGGACACUUCAGGACAGCUAUUAUCCAUGCCAUUCAGGAGGCCGUUCAACGUGCAAAGCAACUGUAAUUUCCAUAAAGUAUCUAUUAUUGACAAAUAUGUCCAACAUAAAGUUACACAUGGCUUU